AUGGCUGGCAUUACACCGCAGGCUUGCAGAAAUGCAUUUCGGCAAGUACGUAUUUAUGAAAAUUCUUAUUUUAAUAAUCAAACAAUUAUGUUUCCCAAAUAUUUCUUGUUAUAUUGCAAAAUAUUGUGCAAACCUAUGAACCCUAACUUCUAUCUAUUGUAUCACUUGUGUCAAUUCCACUUUUUUUGUUUGUAUAUGUUGACGUUUAUAUUUAAUUAUAUUUAAUUAUUUAAUUAUAUUUAAUUAUUGAACAAUAUUCUAAGAAUUGAAGUAAUAACAAUUAAAUAAUAUUACGCGAUGCUUUUGUUUGAAUCGCUACUUUGUAUAAUUGUCACAAAUUGUCUAUAUAAAUAAAAUUUUUUUACUUUAUUGAUAAGUGACUUUCAAUAUAGUUUUUAUUAGUAAAUAUUCAAUUAAAAUGUAUUAAAUGUAUUAAAUUAGAUAAUUGUACAGUUAAAUCUAUCAUUAUAUUUAUAAAAAAAUUACGAAAUUAUAAUUGGCACAUAAUCAAUAGUUUAAGAUUAAAUAUGUUUAUCUAAUUUAAUUGUAAAAGACGAGACUUUUGUACUGACUAUUUAUUUUUACUUGAACUUAUUUUGCAUUAACUUUCAUUAAUUUAGGUUAGAAGAUUUCAUAUUUCUGCAAAUCAAAAUGCUGAAGCAAGAUUAAAAACAUUUGCUGUGUAUCGUUGGAAUCCAGACAAGCCUGAUGAAAAACCAUAUAUGCAAGAAUAUAAAUUGGAUUUGAGCACUUGUGGUCCUAUGGUGUUGGAUGCAUUAAUUAAAAUUAAAAAUGAAAUUGAUCCAACCUUAACUUUCCGUCGAUCUUGCCGUGAAGGCAUUUGUGGUUCUUGUGCUAUGAACAUUGGUGGUACAAAUACAUUAGCAUGUAUAAGCAAAAUUGAUACUAAUACAAGUACAACUAGUAAGAUUUAUCCAUUACCACAUAUGUAUAUAGUAAAAGAUUUAGUACCAGAUUUGAAUAAUUUUUAUAACCAGUAUAAAAGUAUACAACCAUGGUUGCAACGUGGUGAUGAGCAGGAAGCUGGUUCAAAGCAAUAUUUACAAAGUGUUGAAGACCGUAAAAAAUUGGAUGGUCUCUAUGAAUGUAUCUUAUGUGCUUGCUGCAGUACCUCUUGCCCAUCAUAUUGGUGGAAUGGUGAUAAAUACUUAGGACCUGCUGUACUUAUGCAGGCUUACAGAUGGAUUAUUGAUUCACGUGAUAAUAAAGCAAAGGAACGUCUCGAAAAAUUGCGAGACCCAUAUUCAGUAUAUCGAUGUCAUACUAUUAUGAAUUGUACUCGUACUUGUCCAAAGUCAAUACACACCAUUGGGAGUAUGAGAUUGCUUCUGCACUUGUAAUUCGAUCGGUGUAUUUGGAUCAAAGGGAGUUUGUACUCGUUUCAAAAUUGCCUCGACCAAUUCUGAUCUAUUACAUGCAAAAACUCCUAAAUGAUCACCAGUCAUGUAUAAAUGUACCUUUCCCAAUUGGUUGGGGUUCAGCUUCUACAAAACGAACAGUUGCUGCUGAUAAAGCUUCUGAUCCUAAAGACAAAGCAACUUCAAGCAAAGUAUCAUCGUCAUCUAGGCAAAAAGUUUCACACGCAACCUGGGAUAAGUUAUAA